AUGAAAAUAUACUCUAUUACUGUAUUCUCUACGGAAAAUGAAGAGGCAGUAAAUUUGGCAGGAGAAUAUGAUCUCUCUGGUUUUGGCUUUUUUCAACGUGGAAGUGUUCAAGAAUUUAUGAAAUUUUUCUCAAAAACUGUUGCUGAAAGAACAAGACCAGGACAAAGGUUGAGUGUUGAAGAGAACAAUUGCAUAUUUUAUUCUUAUGUAAGAACUGAAGGCCUUGCUGGAAUCAUUAUUUGUGAUAGCGAAUACCCACAACGGGUAGCUUUUUCCUUGUUGAGUAAAAUUAUUGACGAAUUUAUUGUAAAAUUUGCUCGAAAUACGUGGCAACCACAAACAAUUUCUUAUCCUGAGCUUAAAACUUACUUGAUAAAAUAUCAAGAUCCAAAAGAAGCUGAUCAAAUUACAAAAGUUCAGGAACAAUUAGAUGAAACUAAACAAGUUAUGAACAAGACAAUUGAAUCUCUCUUGCAACGUGGCGAAAAACUGGACGACCUUAUUGAUAGAUCUCAAGAAAUUUCAUUUCAAUCAAAAGCAUUUUAUAAACAAGCGAAAAAG